ACAUUUAGCAAAAACUGUUGAUCAAUAUUGAGAUGAUUAGUAACAGCUUCAGAAGAGCAUUUCAAAAAAUGAUUUGAAAUGGAAAUUGAAUUUACAUUAAAUCAGGAAGCUGAGGAUAAGUAAAAUGACCGUAAAUCCAAUUCCAUUAAUAACGUAAUAUCAAUGACCUUUGGUGGUUUAAGAUUAUAUAUUUGGCUAAUUAUCCAGUUAAAUGGUUAGUCAAGUAAUGAUGAGGUGUAUCCAUUCAAGUUGUCGCCCUUGAUGGUGUUAAACGUUGUGCUAAUUUCCAUUUUUACCCUUGGCACUUUUUGGUAAUUUUGCGAAGAAAAACAAGCGUUUAAAUGUUUUUCAUCGAGAAGGAGGAAGUUGAACGUCGUGGUUGUCAUGGCCAUGAUGAUUAUCAUCCUCAUGAUCACCGUAAAAAUACAGUGAUGGAAAAAUUAAUAGGAGGACCCAAAGGAGUUAGUUUUUUAGGGUUUUUUUCCUAAUCAUCGAUCCUGACCAGUCUCUAAAUCCAUUCUGUUCGAAUCUUGUUCCGUAUUUGAUCAGUUUCUUAAAACAUUUUGUUCAGCUUUGAUCCAUAGUCACACCUGAUAAAAGUAAAAAAGAUUUUAAUAUUUUGCUGUUACUACUUGUUACACUCACUACGGAAUUAUAACCUGAAAUGGAUAGUUUCUUGUAUUGCAAGUGAAUUACUAUUGGAAGCCAUCCUUCAUGUUCUUGUGGUCAAAGUGAAAUUUUAGAUGUUCAUCAUAAUCUGGUCUCUUCAGUAAAGGUUCUUGAUGGAGAUCAAAACUAGCGAUUAUGCCAUUCUUGGCCUCAACUUGAGUUUAGAGUUGGGUAAAAGUUGGAAGCCAGUGACAAUAUUUAAAGAUUUAUCAAUAAAAGUGCCGAAAGGAGCCAUUUAUGGUUUGAUUGGUCCAUCAGGUUGUGGUAAAACUACUUUACAACGAUGUAUAUUUGGAUUUUAUCGACCAACCAAAGGUAGCCUUUUGGUCUUUGGUCGUUCCCCGUUAGAGAAAGGAUUUGGAGUACCUGGUCCACUGGUUGGGUUUAUGCCUCAAGAUUUGGCACUUAAUGAAGACUUGACCAUAAAGGAAAUGUUGACUUUCUUUGGUCGACUUAGUGAUUUACCAAUGGAUACUGUUAAUGAAAGAAUCGACGAGCUUCUCAAAGUAAUUGAUAUUCCAUAUCCAGAUAGGUUGAUAAGUAAUUUAAGUAUCGGUCAACGAAGACGUAUUUCCUUGGCUGCUUCUCUUAUUCAUCGACCAAAGCUAUUACUCCUUGACGAGCCCACAGUUGGCUCGGACCCACUCUUGGUUUACAAAAUGUGGACUUAUUUGUUUCAUCUUAGGGACACUUAUAAGAUGACUAUUGUAGUAACCACUCAUUAUUUAGAAGAAAUUGUUAAAGCUGAUCGAUUCGGGUUGAUGCGUAAAGGCCAGGUAAUUGUAGAGGAUAAUCCAAUGUCUUUCAUGGAAAAGUAUAAAGAGACUUCCUUGGAAAAGGCAGUUUUUCGAUUGUGCACUGAAUGGGAUUCACGAAACAGAGCAUCACCAUCAUCGUCGUCAUCGUCUUCAUCUUCGUCAUCAUCUUCAUCAAACUCGCCAAAAUUAUCUCCAUCUGUUCAAACAAAUGGAAUGGAUCAGAAGAAAACAGUUCAACAGUCAACUGUUGGCAGCCAAAAUACUCAAAUUCAUAAUACUCAAUCGCCAUCAUCAUCAAGUUCAACACUUUCCUCAGACCCAUCAUCAUUAGCAUCUUCAUCAUCUAUAACUGAAACAUGGACUCCAUUGUCAAACUUUACUGUCCUCAUCAUAUUGAUGUGGCGACUUUGGUUAAGAUGUCAGCGUUUCAUGAUUUAUCCCAUCAUAUUAUCUUGUUUAAUAAUUUUCAUAAUCUCCUUGACUUUUGGUGUCAUGUUUGGACGCUUUCCUAAAGAUUUGAGAGUGAAUUAUAUGAACCUUGGAACAAGUGACAGAAACAUAACGGAACAAUUUCUAUCAUUUUUAUCCCAAAACAGUAUCAGAUUGGAGCGGGUCAACUCAGAACUGGAAAGUCGAUUAGAUCUGGAAAAGGGACUAAUCGAUGGAUAUUUCAUUAUCGGAGAAAAUUUUGAAGAAAGUAUUCGGGAAAAAAUCGAAAAGGGUCUUUCAUCACUAAGCCCCUCUGUUCACCAUCGAGCAUCUGAAUCAAAAGUUAGAGAUAAAAUAUUCCUGACCGUAGACGCUUCCAAUCAAUUUAAAUUUGAUACACUGGUUAUCACAAUAAGUCGAAGCUUGACCAAACUAAUGCACGAAACCCAAACGAAUCUUAAUGUAACAAAUAAUUAUUAUCAAUUUUUCACAGUAACUCCAAUUUAUGAAUCCUAUGAGCCUGAUAAUUUAAUGGCCUCCAAUGAGAAUGUUUUGAUUCGUUAUUUUCUUUAUGCUGUUGAACAAUUUACAAUCAUUCUAAUGAUGAGCUGGACAAUAAAAGAGGCCCAUGAAAGGAUGAAUGAACGUCUUAUGGCUGCUGGUAUUAGUCGUAUUCAGUUGACCAUGGCUUUAAUAGUAACAUCAACUUUGGUAAUUGUUCCUAUUUACUUGAUCUUUUUCACUCUAUUGAUACCAACACUGAAUUUCCCAAUGAGAGGCUCCUGGAUAGCUGUUGUACUUUCAAUAAUAGCGAUAACUGUUUGUGGAAUAAGUAAAGGCAUUUUCAUCGGUUUACUUUCCAAUGAUUUAAUUAUGGCAGCUUUCCUCCAUUCAGCUUAUUGCUUUUCCAGUCUAUUUCUUGGUUAUUUACUUUGGCCAUAUGAGUCUCUGCCCAAUUUCAUCAAGCCUUUAACCUACUGGUUUCCAUUUGCAUUAUCAGGCGACUCUCUCGUCUGGUCAUUGAUGAAGGGUAAAGCAUUCACUGAUGUCCUAGUUUACCAAAAUAUCGUCUAUUCCAUUAUUUUCGCAAUUGUAUCUAAUAUCAUAGUGAUAAUUGGUUUUAAUAAAUGGUGA